AUGAAGGUCAACACCACCACAGCACUAGCCUUCUUGGCAACCGUUAGGAUCGGCAGGGCAGCGCCCGCCCCGACACCAGCCCCGACGCCGAUACAACCCGUCCAAGCUGCUGGUGAUGGUAAUGCCGCUGCUGCUGCUCCCACGCCUGCUCCUAUGCCGGUGCAGCCCCGUGGCCUCGGCGACGACAUAUCCAGCUAUGUAAAGAGCCUGGGGAGCGAGAUUGACAGCAAGAUCUCGUCGUUUGUUGGCUCCGGCCUGCUUAACUUCCCGCACGGCUUCCCGACGGGUACCGCGGUCGAGAGCUCGCUGGGGAUCACGGCCGGAGCGCUGGGCGCGCAGCCUACGCGGGUGCUCAACCUGCCUGCCUACGCGAAUUGGACCGACGACGGCUGGAACGUCCGCGUCCACGGCAAUGUCUACAAGGUGCCCGACGUCGCGCAGGACAAGAUCGAUAAACUAGCGGACGCCUUCUUGAUUGGCACCAGCGUCAAGGACCUUGACGACAAUGCGAAGACGCAGGCGCGCAACUUGACGAGAGAGAUCUUUGUGGUGCAGCAGGGCCACGAGAACGUGACCAUCAAGUUUGUCGUGCCCAGUAGCAACUCGUCUGCUCCACGAGGAGGCUGCCCCCCCCCCCCCCUAUUCGCAAUGCUAACUGCGUCGCCCGAACUCCAGAAAGCAGGUGGGCAGGAGAUAACGCUGCCGUACGAAACGACAGCUGAGGGUGACUUCGAUGUCUUUGUCCCGCUCAAGAACGAAUCCAGCAAGGCCAACGGCACGGACGCCUACUUGCUCCCUGGCAACGCGACGACCAAGAUCCAGACGCUCAACAUGUAUGCUAACGGCACCGACACGGGCAACGCGACCGCCUACCUCGUCCCGCCCGAGGGCGUGACGGUCGUCUCCGACAUCGACGACAUCCUCCGCGUCACCAAGAUCUACAAGCCCAAAGAGGGCCUACUAAACACCUUUGCGCGGCCCUUCGCCCCGUGGCUGACCAUGCCCGCCGUCUACAGCAACUGGUCCACAUCGGCCAUCUCCUCGCUACACUUCCACUACCUCACCACCACCCCUGAGCAGGGCACGCGGCCUUACAUGGACUUUAUCUUCCGGACCUACCCGGCCGGCUCCUUCGACACACGGCCGCUCAACCUCACCAACACCAAGGAGACCCUGCAGAUCCGCCGGUACCUACUCGACCGUGUACUCCAGACCUUCCCGCGGCGCCGCUUCGUGCUCGUCGCGGACACGAGCAACGCGGACGUCAUGAAGGCGUACCCGGGCGUCUUCAAGGACUACCCGGGGCGGGUGAGCUGCAUAUUGCUGCGCAACACGUCGUCGACGGACGCGGACGACAAGCUGCCGUACGACACGGCGGGUUUCAAGGACAUUCCGCAGGAGAACUACAUGUUCUUCAAGGUGCCGGAGGACCUGACGGGGAUCGACAUUGAAAAUGGACACUGUUUCAAUGGGUCGGUCGCGCAGAACGUGACGUUUGGCGAGCAGGGCGUACCGCUGGGCUUGGGCGAGAAGAAGAGCGAUGCCUCAGGUGGCGUGGUGUCUGCGGGCUAUGCGCUUUCGGCGGUGAUUCUUGUGGCUGCCCUGAUGGUGUUUUUGUAG